CUGGAGUGUUUUUCAUCAGUCUUUGUUUGGUAUCUUUGUUCUCAUUAAGUAGUAGUUAUCACUAUUUAGUGACAUUUAAGUGUAAUGUGGCUCACUUCUCUCUGAUUUGUUCGAUUUCCUAGUUUGGUUCUCCUUUCUGAAAGCAAAAUGAUUCUUUUUUCAGGAAGGGUCCAGUAUUCUGAAUUCAGCUCUAAGAACCGGUUUCCAUUCUGAUGCUCAUUCUCGACCGUGGAUAGUGCUAACAUUCAGGUAGAAGAUGGAUGAUGGUCAAAAUGGUAGGUACAUGGACUAUUACAAGGCUGCACAUCCUCCGCAGUAUCAGGGAAAGGAACAAACAAAUGCCCUAGUAAUGAACAAGAAGAUCAUGGCAAUCCUUGCCGAGAAGGAUGCUGCCAUUCAAGAACGAAAUCUAGCUGUUGCUGAGAAAAGGGAAGCCAUAAAAGCCCGAGAUGAAGCAAUCCAGCAGCGGGAGAAAGCCCUAGCAGAGAGGGACAAAGCCCUGAUGGAGCGAGACAAUGCCUUGGCAGCAAUUCAAUAUAGAGACAACUCGAUGAACUUCUCGUUUGGACGUGGAUCCAAGCGCAUCCCGCAUCCCAUCUACCAUACAGCGAACGACUUAGAAGAAGCGAUGAAUGGUGGACAGAUGCCCAGCCCUGGUGCUGCCUUUCCGAUAACUACAAUACCUGCUGGAACACAUAGCAAGCCACGUCAGACAAAGCGGUCGAAGGAGAACAAGGCAGUUUCUCUAAAGGCGAAUAAAUCUCCACGCAAGACAAACAACCACAAAAUUGGGGAGGAUCUCAACAGACAGGUGGCAUCAGAAGGAAGGAAGUUCAAGUCCGAUUGGGACACGCUGGAUGUGGGGCUGAACUUGAUCAGUUUCGACGAAGCCACAAUGCCUGCUCCAGUUUGCACGUGUACCGGAGCUCCUCAUCAGUGCUACAAGUGGGGGAAUGGUGGGUGGCAGUCAUCGUGUUGCACCACCACCAUCUCGUGCCAUCCACUGCCACAGCUGCCCAACAAGCGACACGCGAGGGUGGGAGGGAGGAAGAUGAGCGGGAGCGUGUUCAUGAAGUUGCUGAGUCGGCUGGCUGCUGAAGGGCACGAUCUGGCGAUUCCUCUUGAUCUCAAGGAUUACUGGGCUAGACACGGCACAAAUCGCUACAUCACCAUUAAGUAG